CGGCGACCUUUCAACUCCGCCCCUGCCCACAGUGUACGUGGAGAAAUAAAAUGAACAGUUGUCCCUCUAUUCUCUCAUUAUUUAAGGAAUUUGGUUGGAUAAAGAACAGCCACUGCUAAGAUCCGAACUGAAACGACGAAUAACAUAGCCAGUGUUAUCAUCUUGACCUGUAGUGUAUGUGGUUGCUACGUUUUUCAUUUGACAGCUCCUGGUACUGUAAAUGACAGCUAGCAUUUGCUAACGCUAGCAUCGUUACUAGCUAGCCCAUUAAGCUCGUUAGGAAAUCUUAGCAUUGUUUUAAAAUGCAUAUACGUUUUCCAAUGACAGCAAGCUAGCAAGCUCUUAGAUCCGUCGCUACUGUGUCUUUCCACGAACGGUUGUUUUGUGAAGAAUAACGGCUGAUCCGAAACUAUGUCUCCGAUGGGGAUUCGGCUGUCGCCAGUCGGAGUGGCCGUAUUUUGUUUACUCGGGCUCGGUGUUAUCUACCACCUUUAUGCCGGUGUAAUCUCCAGCCGGAUAGCCGCCUUCCGGCAGAGGAAGACGGUUGACUUGCGGGACCUGCUCGCGCUGUCGGUGGAGGCGGCGGUGCAGGGCGGCCUGGAGGUGAAGAGAAUUAGGGAGAAUAACGUCCUGGAGGAGAAAACGAAGGGGAAAACGAAGGAAGGAGCCAGCGAGAAGCUGACCCUGGGAGACCUGUAUUCUCACAAGAAGAUGUAUUACCUGAUUAAAAAUACUUACCCGGAACUGACGGUGAACUCGGAGGAGCAUGACUCGUCGGUGGACGAAGUGUUGGUCUGGAGCCGUGAUUUCCCUGAGGACAUCCUCCAGGGGGUCCGUCCCGGACACCUGGUCCCUGCCGACAGCAUCACCGUGUGGAUCGACCCGCUCGACGCCACCCAGGAGUACACCGAGAACCUGGUGAAGUAUGUCACUACCAUGGUGUGUGUGGCCGUGGAUGGAAAGCCUGUUAUAGGAGUCAUCCACAAGCCUUUCACUGGAUUCACAGCGUGGGGCCUUGUGGGACAAGGCUCCAACCUGAAGCCCAGGUCAUCCUACAGCUCCACCCCUCCCAGGGUCAUCGUGUCGCGGUCCCACUCCGGCGACGUCCGGGCCUUUGUGGAGAACAGCUUCGGGAACAACACUGUCAUCAUACCUGCAGGGGGCGCCGGCUACAAGGUAUUGUCCCUGCUGGACGCCAGAGACGAGGAGUACGACCUGGCUGACCUCUACCUCCAUACCACCUUCAUCAAGAAGUGGGACAUUUGCGCGGGCGACGCCCUGCUGAGUUCCGUGGGCGGUCACAUGACCACGCUGAAGGGCGAGCAGAUCCAGUACUCGGGGACAGCAGGGAACCCGGGGGGGCUGCUGGCCAGCGUGGGGCUGGACCACCGCGCCCUGCUGGAGAGACUGGCGCCCCUGAAGGCCGGCCAGCACUGAGGACGCGCAGGAGAACAUGAACACACACACGCAAGAACACACACACAGAAAACAUGAACACACACACAUGUGAAGAUAAACAAACAUAAACAUGAACACACACACGUGAAGAUGAGCACACGCACAGGAACAUGAACACGCAUAAAACAGGAACUCACACACAAGAACACACACAUUCACGCUGACAGACAGAAUUAGAGCACAACAAGACUGGAUAAGUCAGUCGGAGCAGAACUUAGAUGGGACUACACACACACACACACACACACGCAGACACACACACAUACACACAGACACACACAUAGACAGGCACACACACACACACACACACUCUCUAAAUAACUAUGUGGACUGGCAUGGUGUAUUUAAGCCUGGAUGUCAUCACAAGAGACUUGUCCAUCCUCGGGGAUGGACAAGUCUCUUGUCCCUGCUACUGAAACUACAACUCCCAUCUCUCCAUAUAGUCUGCCUUUGAACUACAACUCCCAUCUCCCUGCCUGUCUGUGGACUACAACCAUGUCACCAGCAUGUGGUUUAUAACUCCUAUCUCCAGCACAGUCUGGGAACUACAACUCUCAUUUCACUGUGUAGUCUGCCUUUGAACUACAACUCCCAACUCCCCUUCAGUCAAUGGACUACAACAAUGUUAUUAGCUUGUGGUUUAUAACUCCCAUCUCCAGCACAGUUUGGGAGCUACAACUCAUCUCCAGACUUGGCCCCAGUGUUGGGAAGAGCUAGGCAGCUAGCUGUGGAAGUAGCUAGUUCCUAGCAUGGCAGCUAGCUGUGGAAGUAGCUAGUUCCUAGCAUGGCAGCUAGCUGUGGAAGUAGCUAGUUCCUAGCAUGGCAGCUAGCUGUGGAAGUAGCUAGUUCCUAGCAUGGCAGCUAGCUGUGGAAGUAGCUAGUUCCUAGCAUGGCAGCUAGCUGUGGAAGUAGCUAGUUCCUAGCAUGGCAGCUAGCUGUGGAAGUAGCUAGUUCCUAGCAUGGCAGCUAGCUGUGGAAGCAGCUAGCUCCUAUCAGCUAGCUGUGGAAGUAGCUAGUUCCUAGCAUGGCAGCUAGCUGUGGAAGCAGCUAGCUCCUAUCAGCUAGCUGUGGAAGCAGCUAGUUCCUUAACCCUGCUGUUAGCAGAAGGCAGCUGUCACUCUGAGGUGUUUCUUUCUACCUGUGUCAUACUUCCUGGAUUAGGAAUAAUUGCCCUCUUUGGGGUCCAAUGAGAAAGCUGCAAACACGUUCUCAUAUAGUGAUAACGUCUGUUCUGUGGUUCUUUACCUGGCUAGCGGUCGGUUACGUUAGGCUUGUUGACAGGAAGUCUGUUUGGGUUAAUGCCGUCACUUUACAGAAGUAAGGCACUGAUCAACCAAUGAGGUCUGUCGAACCUUCUGUUUACACUGUGAAGACUUCCUUAGUGAUGCGAUCUCUCUCUCUCUUUCCCUCUCUAUCUCUCUCUCUAUCCACCUUUCCUAGUUCUGUCUUUCUCUCACUCGCUCCCUGUCUCUUUCCAUCUCUCCUUCCCUCUCUCUCUCCCCCUCUCUCUAUCAACCUUUCCUUGUUCUAUCUUUCUCUCUUUCUUUCGAGGGGUAUUAUGUAAGCUUGGACGGAUUGAAAGUCUGGAAGGUUGGUCAGAUAACAUGUACAGUAUGUUUAAACAGCAUCAUGGUUAUUUGUCAACAUCCACCCUACAUCUAGCAUUCCUUAAAUAAAAUGUUUUAAUGAUAC